CGGCAUCAUGGGCUGACGCAGUACGGUUGUCCAACUUCAGGCCUGUAGCGCAACAUAGUCAAAUACAUGCAUUCUUGAAAUGUGUCCUUUCUAUUAAUACCGAGUUGCAACAAGCUGACGACGGAGGUAAAAUGGAACAAGAUGGUGUUUUUACAGUCAUUUGGAAUGCAAUUUUUUCCACAAGUACGUGAGCAACUUAAAGCCGCUCGGUUACACGUGAUCUGGAUUUCACCCGACAUCUACUUGUUCAGCCAAGUGGAGAUUCGGCACCCAAACAUGAUCGAGACCGUUACUCCACAAUUACCUUUUCAGGCAGCGGUCCUCAAGCAAUUACGAAUGAUCGGGGCAGUCAUUAGACAUUUGCCUCUACAGUCGGCAGGUGUCAGAAUACCGAAGAGCCUUCAGUUGAUGAAACAAUCAACAAUGGCUUACAGCAACUGUUCCAAGCUCCAAGCAACAGUCGCACUUCCCUUGUAGUUGUAACAAUCCAAGUGUCAAAAGACCUUCAAGAAGGUCAUGCGAUUAAAACUUCUCUUUGGGGGGAGUUGUUAGAGUUAGACCAAUCUAAACUAACCCAACCACAAUGAUCAUCGAUCAACCGCUAUCGAUCACUGUAAUGAACACACCGAUAUAGCCAGAACGGUGUUCGGAUUCGGCAUCAGGGGAUGACCCAGUACGGUUGUCUAACUUCAGGACUGCAGCCCAACUUGGUCAAAUACAUGGAU